AUGGACUAUCUCCAAAUUUCACUUCUCUCAAUAUUUCUUUUUUUCUCUAUCACAUUUUUAUACACAAAAUCAAAGCCUAAACCAAAAUUUCCACCGUCUCCGGCAAAUUCAUUGCCGGUGAUCGGCCACCUUCACCUCAUGAAGCGACCGUUCCAUCGUAAAUUUCUUUCAUUCUCUCAGUCUUUGGGAAAUGCUCCAAUCAUCCAUCUCCGUCUCGGACACCGUCACGUGUACGUAGUCUCGUCACGUACCGUUGCCGAGGAAUGUUUCACCAUAAACGAUAUCGUUUUGGCGAACUGGCCAGUGAUGAUGAUGAACAAGCAUUUAGGUUAUAAUGCUAAACAUAUGAUCGGAGCAUCUUACGGCGAUCACUGGCGGAGCCUCCGUCGAAUCACCGCCUCUGAGAUAUUUUCGUCCCAUAGGCUCUCUACGUUUUUGCAUAUCUGUAAAGACGAGAUCCGACGGCUUAUAUUAUGCCUCUCACAAGACUCCUUACACGGCUUUGUGGAGGUGGAGAUGAAAUCACUAUUUACAAACUUGGUCUUCAACAACAUCAUCAGGAUAAUAGCUGGGAAACAAUACUACGGUGAUGAUACAGAGGACGAAGAGGAAGCCAAACUCACGAGGCAGUUGGUGUCUGAGGUUGUGGCCGGCGAUGGUGGAAGAAACUAUGCUGAUUAUCUCUCGUUUUUGGGUUGGUUCACUGAUACCGAAGCACGGAUCAAAGAUGUGGCUCAUCGUUUCGACGCAUUCUUGCAGAAACUGAUAGAUGAGAAACGUGCAGAGAAAGAAACAAGUCAGACGAUGAUUCAUCACUUGCUUUCUCUCCAAGAAACUCAACCUAGUCACUAUACGGAUGUUAUCAUCAAACAAAUCAUCCUUGACUUGAUAGUUGCGGGAACGGACACAAUAUCGAUAACGUUAGAAUGGGCAUUGUCUAAUUUGUUGAACCAUCAAGAGGUACUAAUGAAAGCAAGAAUUGAAAUCGAUGAAAAAUUCGGUUUAGACCGGUUAGUGGAUGAACCGGAUAUUGUGAAUCUCCCCUAUCUCCAAAACAUUAUGUUCGAAACACUCCGUUUGUAUCCUCCGGCUCCGUUGCUGCUACCUCACUUGUCAUCGGAAGAUUGUGAAGUAGGAGGAUACGAUAUGCCACGUGGUACGAUGCUAUUGAUGAAUGUGUGGGCAAUGCAAAGAGAUCCGGAGUUAUGGAAAGAUCCAGAGCAGUUCAAGCCGGAGAGGUUUGAUAAGGAAGGGGAAACUCAAAAGGUUAUGGCGUUUGGGCUCGGACGACGGGCUUGUCCUGGAGCUGGACUUGCUCAUCGGUUUGUGGGCUUGGCUCUUGGGUCGUUGGUCCAAUGUUUCGAGUGGGAGAGAAGUGGUGUCGAACUUAUUGAUAUGAAGGAAGGUAAAGGAGUUACUAUGCCCAAAAAGAAGCCGUUGCAAGCCAUGUGCAAAACACGCUUUCUCGCUAGUAAACUUCUUGUUGCGAAUGAAAAUUAUUCUUUUUAA